CUCACUUACAUACAAGUGUUCCUUUCUACCUAUUAAGCUUCUCUCACUCUCCAAAAUUCUUGGCAAAAAAAAUAAAAAAAAUAAGAAAUUAAAAAGAAAUCGAUUUGUAGCUUAUUCAAUUCAAUCAAAUACUAAUAUUAUUGAAGCCAUGUUUACCGUCCACCACCCUUGGGUUUUUGCUUUUGGUCUACUAGGCAACGUCAUCUCCUUCAUGGUGUUUCUUGCACCACUGCCAACUUUUAUUAGGGUGUACAAGAAAAAAUCAACAGAAGGAUUUCAAUCACUUCCUUACGUAGUUGCCAUCUUUAGUGCGAUGCUAUGGAUCUACUACGCUUUGCUCAAGGGCAAUUCUGUCCUUUUAAUCACUAUCAAUGUUGCUGGAGUUAUUAUUGAGACCAUUUACGUUGCCAUAUACAUUACCUAUGCCCCAAGGCAACCAAGGAUAUCAACUUUGAAGUUACUUUUGUUGAUGGAUUUUUGUGGGUUUGGCGCGAUUGUAUUGUUUUGCCAUUACUUAUUUCAUGGGGAAAUUCGGCUUCAAGUUUACGGAUGGAUUUGUGUAGUAAUCUCUAUUAGUGUUUUUGCAGCACCCCUUAGUGUAAUGAGGACGGUGGUUCGGACCAAGAGCGUGGAGUACAUGCCGGUUAACUUGUCAUUUUGUCUCUUACUAACAGCAACUGUAUGGUUCUUUUACGGAUUCGUCCAGAAAGAUAUGUACAUCGCACUUCCAAAUGUUGUGGGGUUCUUAUUAGGAGUGGCACAAAUGGUAAUCUAUGCAAUUUACAGGAAACAUGACAAACAAGCAAAAAAACAGAAGCUACCAGAAUUUGCAAGUCCAAUUAAGCAAGAAAUAGUUGAAAUUCAAUCAAUUCCCAACAAAACUGAGGAUGUUAUUCCUCCACAUGAAGAGCCUCUAGAAAUUGAGGUUGUAAUUGGAAACAAAGAUAAUACUAUUGUUGGUGGUGAUGAUGAGGAGGUUGUUGGUGAUUUAUAUGGGCCGCCGCAAGGCCCGGCAGUAUGCAGCGUGGACGCCGAGAAGAUUUCCGGUGGGCCCGCCGGCCCGGCUUCGGUGCAAUUGGUUCAGUGUGCCGUUUGAGUUAGGGCAAUUGAAUUGGUAGCUAAACCUUUUGGGUUGUUUCUUACUCUUUUAACCUCCUAAUUUGCCCAUCCCUUCAAAAUAAAAGAGUAAUUAGAUUUUGUAGAGUUAAUGUAAAUUAAUUUGGAAGGCCUUUAGUGGAGUCCACUUUUGGUGAAUGAAGGGCACCUUAAGCUUGAUUGGAGAGUCACAUUCCCUAAUGUCCCCUCUUGUUAUAUAACCCCAAAGGCACCCCAAUUAUUGUACUAUUGUCUACUUCAUCAAUUAAUUGAGUUUUUGGCUCUAAUUGAAAAACUCAUCACAAUUGUUUGGUUAUCUUAUUUCUUGUAUGGGUUUGUUUCCCUUUGAUUGAAUGGUUAAAUAGGUUUCAAAAGAUGAUAAGAAUGACUACAAAAAUGAAGCCAAUUUGUUAAAUGAGGCAAUGCCAAUCCCUUUAUUGUACUAAGAAGCUUUAAUAAAAUUUUACAAAGUUAUUUGUUUUA